UCUAUAUAUAUAAAAAUACAAUUUGAGCUAACGACAAUGAGUAUGCGUGAAGUCGCUAACGAAAGCAUAGUUCAGCCCCUACUGUAUACGUACUCCAUGUUAAUUUAUUCUUGCAUGGUUGAUACUAUACAUUUUAUGUAUUUUAGCAUAUAUUAUGUAGAAAGAAGAAGAAGUGGGGAGCUUGUAGUUACUCUUUGUUGUUUGAGUUAACUCAGGGAGGUAUAGAGAAAACACUCAAACAGAGUGAUGACACCACCGCCGAAAGCAGAUGAAUUGGUGCCACACCCAGUGAAAGACCAAUUACCUGGGGUUGAUUACUGUGUUAACAGUAAUCCUUCUUGGGCUGAGGCCAUUAUUCUGGGUUUUCAGCACUACUUAGUCAUGCUUGGGACUAGUGUAAUCAUCCCAACCGUCAUUGUUCCUCAAAUGGGUGGUGGCAAUGAGGAGAAAGCUCAAGUAAUUCAAACUUUGCUUUUCGUCGCUGGGCUGAACACUCUUUUGCAAUCUUGGUUUGGCACCCGUCUUCCUGUGGUGAUAGGUGGAUCAUUCACAUUCAUAGUUCCAACUGUUUUUGUUGCAUUAUCCAGUCGAUACAAUACAUAUCUUCACCCUCAUGAGAGGUUUAAACAGACGAUGAGAGGAAUGCAAGGAGCUCUGAUGAUUGCAUCCAUACUUCCCAUACUAAUUGGCUUUCUAGGAAUCUGGAGAAUUGUUGUAAGGUUCCUAUCCCCUCUCUCUGCAGCUCCACUGGUGUUGCUUGUUGGCCUUGGCCUAUAUGUGCAAGGGUUUCCGCUUCUGGCAGAAUGUGUUGAAAUUGGCCUUCCACAGUUGAUCAUUUUGAUUUUGUUGUCCCAAUACAUUCCUCAUAUGUGGAAACUAAAGCAUCCCAUAUUUGAGCGAUUUGCUGUCCUAUUAUCAGUUGGAAUAGUGUGGGCAUAUGCAGCUCUUCUCACAGUGACAGGUGCAUACAACAAUAGAUCCCCACAAACUCAGUUCAGUUGUCGUGUUGAUCGCUCUGGCUUCAUUAGUGGAGCUUCAUGGAUAAGGUUUCCUUAUCCAUGGCAAUGGGGCGCUCCCAAAGUGUAUGCUGGAGAAGCCUUUGUGAUGAUGGCGGCAGCUUUAGUUUCUCUUGUCGAGUCUACUGGAGCAUUUAUUGCAGCUGCAAGAUAUGGCAGUGUAACACAUACACCGAAUUCAGUACUUAGCCGCGGAGCUGGUUGGCUGGUUGGUAGAUGUACCAGGAUUAUUAUAUUUAAGGGAUUAGGCAUUUUGCUGAAUGGUCUAUGGGGAACUGCAACUGGUUCUACUGUAUCAGUUGAAAAUGUAGGUCUUUUGGCGUUGACGCGAGUUGGAAGUAGAAGAGUGAUUCAAAUAUCUGCAAUAUUUAUGCUGUUUUUUUCUGUAUUAGGAAAAUUUGGAGCUGUUGUUGCUUCCAUACCACUGCCUAUCAUUGGAGCUUUGUACUGUGUUUUUUUUGCCCUCAUGUCUUCUGCUGGUCUUGGUUUACUUCAAUUCUGCAACCUCAACAGCUUCAGAACUAAAUUUAUAUUAGGUUUCUCAAUCUAUUUGGGUCUUUCUGUUCCACAAUACUUCAAUGGUUAUGUGAUAACAACGGGUGAUGGUCCAGUUCACUCUAGCUCUGCCUGGUUUAAUAAAACAAUGCAAGUGAUCUUCACGUCCCCGGCCACAGUGGCGGGGAUUGUGGCAUUGUUCUUGGACAUAACUCUUGCUCGCAAACAUGCCACGACGAAGAGAGACAAUGGCAGCCAUUGGUGGGCAAAGUUCAAAUACUUUGACAAAGAUCCUAGGAGUGAAGAGUUCUAUUCUCUACCUUAUGGUCUUUCCAAGUAUUUUCCCUCAGUGUAGUACCAAUUAUUGUUUACAACAAAUUUAAAUAUGUGCAACAACUCCAAGUGGAAGUAAAAGACUAAGCAUUUUGUAAAGACAGAUGGGGAAAAGGAAAAAAGAGAAAGAAAAUGAUACAUGUAUGUUUGUUAGGAUCAACUUUCUGGUUAAGUACAGGACUUGAAAUGUUAUUAUUUCAAAUUUAUUUGA